UAUUGACUCUUCUAUAAUGAGAUUCGCAGUUAGUGAUGGAUUUUUCGAAUAAAAAUAACUCGAGAAAAAAAAUAUUUUUACAAGUAUAAAUUUGUUGGAGCAUUUUAUAUAUAAAAAAAGGCGAGUUUUUUGAUAGAUUGAAUAAUCACAUUAUACGCAAAUGUUACUUUUACAGAGCAAAAUUGCAUUUAUGUAUAAUGUGAUUCAAUCAAUGAAUGAAAAAAACUCGCUUAAAAUUACAAUAUAACCUCUCAAUCAAGAAAAGCUGGGGUAUUCUCAGGGAUGUAUUUAUGCGAUGUAUUUACAUUGAAUUAACGAAAAGUGCAAACGCAAUUUGAUUAACGUAAUUAGAGCGAUUGGAGCUUUAUUAUUUUUAAUAACCCAUCAAGAAUGCUGCACAAUUCGGUGACAUUGUCGCCUCAGGAUAUAGUAAACGAGGUUAGAAAGUUUAUAUCUGGUGCCAUCAGGCCUUCGCAUAGCACGAACACGCAAGAUGUGACUCGCACGGCAUUAUUCUUGCUGAAAAAUGUACCUGCAGCGAGGGAUGCCGUACUCGAGUACUUCUGUAAUGUGUUUUUCGUCGCGGUGACGAAAUAUGUACGCCAAAUCGAGACGAAUCAGAAUAUACCGAUACCUGAAGAAACCAUCAUAGCAGAGAUCCAUAUCAUUCUGAGUAACUUCAUCAAUGGAAAUCCAGAAGCCUGGGCACCUAUCAUAUCGGCAUGGUCAUUGGACUUACUCGGCAAACUGUCGUCUGAUUACUCGAAGCGUGGCAAUUUGCCAGUCAGUGCUGGCAUUAAUGAUUUUCUACAGCAAUGGAUGUCAUGCCGUGCUACAAGAACUCUGAUAGACAUCACUGCGCAAUGUUUACAAUGUCUUAUGCAUUCCGACACGGAAUCAUGCAUCAAAGCGUUGUUAGACACCAGUGUAUUACAUAGCCCAUAUUUUGAUUGGGUAGUCGCUCAUGUAGGGAGCUGCUUUCCAAACACUGUGAUUACUAGAGUGUUAUCGUGUGGACUGAAAGACUUCUGCGCCAUGGGCUACGAGCAUAAUGUUAAGAAUCCAAAGUUGAAUUCUGUUGUCGGCAUAUUGGGACAUUUAGCGGGUAGUCAUUUUCAAGAUAUUCGAAAGGCGCUGUUAGACUUGUUUGAGUGGAGCUUGGAAGAGGAUGUUAAUCUCGAUGAAGACACCAAAAAACAGAAACUAGCUACAGUACCGUUUCUUCUGAAUCUAGCCUCGCUUUCACAGACACUCUUGAAAGCAAUAACCAGCGAUGUGUUACAAAUAUUGAGGCCAGACAUCAUACCGCGCCUAGCAUUGUUUGCAGCAGAUUGGUGUAAAUACUUCAGUGAUCAACCAGCGGCAUUGAUAGACUUGACAGUACACUUGAUUCUAGGAUGCGAGCAAGGCGCGUCGCAAAUAAUCAAUAUACUGCUAGACACAAGUCUAAACACAAGCAAUGUCGGCUAUCACAGCGUAAACGCGGCGCAAAAUGUAAAAACCAUUUGCCGGGAGAUACUGGAGUUGAUUCUGCAAGAGAUCGAUCUCUUACUGAGAACACAGUCUACUAAUAUCCUUCUGUUGAGUUCCAUCAAGCAAGAGAUAUCAUUGAUAAUGCCGAUGCUGCUGAAUCCCAAUCCGUUGCGCGUACAAACGGCAGUCAGACUAUUAAGUUUCCUCAGAAGUCAGAAUCCAAAUGUAGUUGUAACUAUAGCAUCAUAUGUGUUGAUGAAGGCACAAACAACAUUCCAUCUCGCUGCCUUAGUACACCUUAUUACUAAUAACGUCGUGCAAUUUGCCACGAAUAAAUCCGGGACGGAAAGUACCCUUGUUGGCUACGAUUACUUUACACAAGUGUUGGAGCAAGCACUUAGAGAGAUACAUUAUAAAAAUGUUAUAGAUAAAGAAGACUCGAAACAGUUGUUCAAAAAUCUUACGAUAAUGUUGAAGUGGGAAAAAUCAAACAAGGUGGCGAUAUUGCAGUCGCAGAUGAUUACCAGAGCCCUUAGAGUUAAUUUACAUCAAAUAUCUUCUUUAUUGAUGAAAAGUGAGGAUUUCGACUUGACGAAUGAUAUUGUUAUUCUCCUGGAUUUAUUAAGCACACCCGAAAAAGAUCAUAUUCUCGAUGUGGAACUUAUGUUGAAAUUAACGAGAGCUGUCAUACAAUAUUUCUUUUCAUGCAUUGCUCAAACUGAUAUUAUAAAAAAGGAACAAGGAGUAAAGAUGGUAUGUCAUUUAUUGAAGGAUUUGACGUGUUAUUCGACAUCCGCGCGUGUAUUGGCGCUCAGAGAGAUAUUAGGGAAUAGUAUUAAUAACGAACAAGCUAAAUAUUUUGGUGCAAAGGAAAAAUUUGUACCUCGUUUUGAAGAAAUGUUACUGCUACAUCAAAAUCAUAAACAGGUGACAAGCACUAUGUUAGCGCAACGUCAUUCAUCAGUGUUUCAUGCCGGUGUGAUAGGACAAGGUCCACGAAGACCUCCGCUGGAAAAUUUGAUUGAUAAAGAGAUUAUUAGUUUAAACAAAAUGUUACUAAUAGACGUCAUAAAGGCUUGUUGCAGUAAUCAGGAAUCGGAUCGAUAUCUAAUUAACUUGGAUGCUCUGACGAUGGUCAGUUUGUUGUUAGUUGAAUUAGUAUCCCCUGACGUUAUGUACAAUGGUCUUCCGUGGCCUGACGAGGAAUUUACAAAGGUCACAAUAGAAAGGGACUUACAAAUCCGUCGCAAAUUUAAAGAUGUACCUCUGUUAUGGACGUUGUUAGAAUUAACUGCCUGGUACAGACCAGCGUUAGCGUAUUGCUCCGUUUUACUGAGAGGCAUUACCGCGACCGUAAUGGCUAAUUGGAAUACGGAGGAAGGCGUUUCGCUUGUCAAUAUAAUGGCUCUCGGUCAAUUAUUACCACCGCCUCUGGCGAGUAUUAGAGAUAUCCUACCUGUUUUACAACCUCACCAGAUAAAUACAAUAAUGAGGGAGUGCCUGUGGGCGUACAUGCGCGAAAAUGUACCGUCUCCAGCAUUAUUUACGCGAAACGAAGGCACUAAUAUAGCUUGGAGAGAUAUCGAUAUGUCUGCGCCCAAUGCACGCUUCACAGAUACUCUUCGUCUAGUAUUAUUGGCAAAUAUUCACAAAUUAGGAUCUUUAUAUUCGACGUUAUUUUAUAAAGAAAAUAAAUAACAUGCAAUAUAUUUUUUAAACAAGAUUAAAAUUUUUUGUG